CUAGCGGUGGCGGCAUCGCCAGGGCCUUGGUCGGGCGCAUUCUCGCGUUCUCGCGCACACGGAGACUGUAUGUGCCAGUACAUCUAGUACAUCUCCCCCCCUUUCCUGCACGGGUGACACGGGGACUCAUGGAAAAAAGCGCUGCCGAUACCGAGCUGCAUUAGAAUAGUCUGGCGCACUGUUACCGCCCAGCCCAGCGCAGAAGUGUUGUGUGCGCGAGAGUGCGCGUUGUAUAACUGCGUAAAACAGAACGAACGACGGGGGAGGGACGAUCUUCACUGUCUGAACACUACCCCGAACCCCCGAAAAGGGAGAUGAUCGACGUGAAGAGUGUGUUUUGUCUGUGUCUGCAUCUCUGCAAGCUGCCUGCAGCCUAGAAUUCUGAGUUCGGAGCUCGGUGCGCCAUACUGAGACCGAUUUGAUUGUGCCAAAGACCGUUCGUUCUAACGCGAAGCGUAUUAGUUAGUGCAGCUAUUUUUAGCAGCAAAACGAUCCCCACAAACCAAACCCCACAGUCUGCCGCCACUCGCAAACAUCUGCAAACGUUGUGGUCGUAGUGACACAAACUGUGCUGCUGCUGUAGAUGCUGCCAACCGAAGCAGUAGGCUGUGGAGCUUAAGAGUGUGUUCUCCUUGCACCAGUGAAGAAAAACGACUCGCCGUGGUUGCCUGUGCGUGUCUGCUCGGCUCUUAUCAGUGCUGAACAGUGGUGUGUGUGUGUGUGGUCAACCCUCCCUCCCUCCUCCCCCUCUCGGAUGACGAGUGACGUGUGCUGUUGUGCAAUGGAAAAUCGGGACUCACUAUAAGAGAGCUGUUUCUUCUGUUGGUUGGCGUUUCCAGAGAUUAGAAUUAGACGGAUCCAGCAGCUCAACAGUCUCCAGCAGUGACGGCGGCAUACACAUGUCGGUGCGAUCUACUACUAACUCGUCUAGCGCAUGCAGAUCUUGCAGCGGCGGGUGACGCGGGGUUUGCUUCUUUUUUACUGUGUCCGUGUGCCUGUGAAGGGCAGCAGAGGAGGCGGCAGAGGGCGACACGUGACUGCCGCUCAAUUGAAUGUCUCUGGUUAGCCUUCGCGCGCGUUAGUUGGCGUUCUGACGACCGCUCGUACUGAUCAUGUGUACCCCGCUUAGCUAGACGUUCUUUGCGGCCCUGUUCGCCUAAGUAGCGCGGCAAUCGAGAACGGAUGUGUGUGUGUGUGCGCGCGCGUGUGUGGAUGUGUAUUAAAUUGGGCAACCAGCCCGACUUUGCACCAGCAUCGAAAUGCCCUCGAUGGUGCGACGCACCAGAGGCAAACUAGCAGCGCAACGGCAACUGGCCAGCAGCACUACUACCGCUGCUGCUGAACGACGCGUCAAACGCGAACCACAGACCAAACUUAUCGAUGCUGCUGCUGCUGCUGCUGCUGAUAGCCAAGGUUCCGAUAACGCACCACACCACCAUCACGGCGAGCAGAAACGGCUGCCACAGUGUAAGGUGAAGCGCAACUACGCGUGUGGCAGCUGCAGCUACUUUACGCAAAACCCCCGCAGCUAUCUGACGCAUCUACGCGACACCCACGGGGAGAAGAUUAGUGUGUACGAGUGCAAACGAUGUGUGUACGCCUCGCGCCACUACCAGAAGCUGGUACGCCACAUGCGAAUGGUGCACGGCGGUGCGGACGUACCGGUGGUGGAGUCGGGCAGUAAAGGUGCGACACCGGUGGACAAUAGUGAAGAUCGACGGGAGGUGAUUGAAAAGGACAGUUCCGAGAAGGAUUCAGCGAGCAAAGUGUUGGAUGCGCUGGGUGUGGGUGGUGCGUAUACGCAGCAACUUGUUGCAUCUCUGCUGCCAUCGCUGUUGCUGAGGAACGUCGAACAAACGUGGACAUCGUCUUUUUUGGCACUCAAGGCCCCAAUCAAGUCCGAGAUGGAUGGCAUGCAGAGUGUUGUGACAUCACCGGAACGGGACUCCUCUUCCCACAAAACCGGCCGCAAGCCCUCCGAAGACAAUGAAACGGUGCCGAAAAAGCGCUCCAGACCAAUCCCCAACCUGAUUCCCCUAGCACCCGCCAAGCCGGAAAAGGAGCUGCUAAAGCCGGUACCGAUGUCGGUGCUAAUGCCACCGGAGGUGGCAGUGGGACACAGCCACCCACCACCCCCAAUGAGCUUACCGUCGUCGCCCCAGACCAAGUGCACAUUUUGCGAGCUUAGCUUCGAGUCCACGCUGGAUCUAGCGAACCACAUUGCAGCGUCCCACAAGGAGGACCUCAUCACCUCGCUGCUGCAGAAAUCGAUGGACGAAUCGAACCAGAAUCUUUUCCCCCAGACGGGCGACCCCGGCGACAGUGCCUCGAACGAGAUGUGGAAAAGUUUGCUCGAAGCGAACCUGUUCGGUGCGGAUUCAGCCACACCAGCAGCACGUCCGAACGCUUCAAACUCCGCCAGCUCCAAGAUUGAUGACGAUGAGGUAGAAAUCCUGGAGAGCAAAUCGGAAACGUACUGCGGUAUCGAGACGGCGCCCGGGUACGGCGAGGUGACGAGCAAACUGGCCUCCAACGAUCCGAACGCGACCGGGCUGAUGAAGCGAGUGUUCAAGUGCCCGCACUGCUCGUUCUGGGCGUCGACGGCGUCCCGGUUUCACGUGCACAUCGUGGGCCACCUGAACAAGAAACCGUUCGAGUGUUCGCUCUGCUCGUACCGCUCCAACUGGCGCUGGGACAUUACGAAGCACAUUCGGCUGAAGACGAUCCGCGACCCGAGCCACAAGAAUGCGGGCGUGCUGAUGAACGACGAAACGGGCCGGCGGAACUACACCAAGUACAACAAGUACAUCACGCUGAUGCACAUAACGGACAAUACUAGUGGUGGUGGAGGAGCAGGAGGUGGUAGUGUUGCUGCUGCUGCUGCUGCUGCUGUUGCCGGUGGUAGUGGCAGUGCGAAGGAGUCGACCAACUUCCCGAACAAAUCGUUCAACGAGAGCAGCAUGUCGGAUCUGGUGGCGGCGUGCAGUGCGUUCAACAUAGAUUUGAAUGCGUUGGCCAACAUGCCCGGGUUCAGCUUGCUGCUGGACGAUAAGCCAGCGCACGAUGAGACGUCGGCGAAAGUGGACGAAGUCGACCAUUUUAAAUGUCAAUUUUGUGAGUUUAGUACACCGACCAAGGAGGAGCUGUUGCUGCAUACGACAAACAGUCAUGGUGGCAUGGUGGCGACGACGGCCACCUCUCCCUUUCAACUGCAGCUGGAGGAAGCAAUGGAGCAGGAAGCGUACGGGAAGGUCGGCGGCGGCGGUGGCGGUGGCAACAGUACGGCAAACAAUAACAUUACACCACCCUCCUCCAGUAGUACGCCGACGCCACCGACGGGUUCGGCGGCCCACUGUAGCCUUAGUAAAAGUGCAGCUAACAUUAGCAACAACGAUAUGCCUAGUACUACUACUAAUGGAACACCCCUACUACCACUACUACUAACGCCGGGCGGUGCUGGAGAUAAAACGAACCACCACCCGCCGCCGCCACCGGAACUGGGCGCCGGAGAGGGUGGUGACGGUAGCUCACACACACGCGGGCUGGCGGUGCCUUCCACCGGUACCUGGCGCCACAGUGCACCGUAUCGCUGUGGCCAUUGCCAUCAGGUUUCUAACUGGAAACAUGUGAUUCAGAGACACUGUCGCCUGAAGCACAACGGACACGUUUUCAUUGAGCACGUGAACGCGGAAAGGGACGACCCCGCGGCGCUGGCCGACGGUGCCGACGGUCAGCAGGUGCCACGGAAUAGCAAACAGAACCAACCACAUUCCGUGUACGUGAUCGAAGACGUGGUGCAUCCGCCGACCGUCUCCACCGGCAACGGCACCGGCACCGGCACAUCGAUCGAUGCCCUCGUCAGCUCGUCCAUUCCACCGCCCCUGGCACCGUUCAGCCUGGACGAGGUAAACACGCUGGAGCCGAUCGUGGAAAUCCUGGACAAGGACCCGGCGGCCACGGAGCUGAUCCACUUCAACGGUGCCCUCAUGCCUUCGACCGUCCUGGUGGACAGUGGGACGGUGGCGCCGGCUGUCCCAAGCGAGCAGCUGGAAUGCAUUUCCUGCCAGUUUCGGGCGGCAACGGUCGAGCAGCUGACCGAGCAUCUGGAGCAGCACAUGAGCAACAGCCCGGCGGCGGGGACGGGCACAGCGUUCGACACGGCCGGACUGCUCGACCCCGGGCCCACCACCAUGUACUACUGUGCCCGCUGUCCGGCCCGCUUCCUGCAGCACGCUCACAUGCUGGAGCACGAGUCGAAGCAUGGGGCGCCCGUGGGCCGAUCGUGCUCGUACUGCACGUACCGCACCGCGGACGACGAUGAGCGCAGCCGGCACGAGGAGGUCCACUCGGCCGCGUACAACAUCAACACGGACAAUUUGCAAAUCUUUCUCGCGGAAAGCAAAGAGUACCCGAAGCCACCGCUCACGCUCAAGGAGAGUGGUGGCAGGCAGCUGUUUUACGUCGAGCCGGUGGAAGCCCAUGACUCCCCGGAAGGUGAGGUCUCGGCGACGCGCAAGGUGCCGAGGAAGUCGAAGCACCGCGUCCGUUCGCCCGAUUCGCCCGCUACUGGGACCGAAUCCGACCGACCACUGGUUCCCGGGGGCUCCUCCAUCUUUCUGUGCGAAUACUGUGAUCAAACGUUCGACGCGGAGGCCGAGCUGAACGCGCACGUACGGAACCACUUUUCGUCGAUUCUGGCGCCGCAGGAGGUGCCCUACUACACGUCGCUCAGCAGCACGCUGGACAAGGAGCGGAAGUUGGAGCUGAUCGUGUCUGGGGCGGCACCCGGGUCGGCCGCGAUGGCCCUGCGCUACGUGUACGAUAAUGCGCGCCGCAAGGAUUGGAGCGUGUACUCCAAGACGGAGAGCGUUUUGUUGAAGUUUUGAGGACGCGGGAGAACUUUCGUUGAAUGUGGGGAUACAUGGAGGUGUAUAAGCUUUUGUUUUUGUUAGAUUAGUUGUUUAGUUGUCAGCGAGAUCAUUUCACGCUUUCACGUUCCAAGAACCAACCACCCAAAGGUUUGUGUUGUUUUGCCAUUCAAUUCAAAGUGACCAUAGGUUAUGAAAUAGAAAGCGGAAAGCAUUAGCUUUUAGAGUGUACUGCGAUACUGUGCGAAAUAAAAUGUAAUCAAUUGUUAUGACACCAUUGGCGUA